AUGCGGGCGUGCACGGUUGCUGCGUUCAUCGCCCUGCUUGCGAGCCCUGCCGUCUGCCAGAACGGGGCUCCUGCUCCAAGUCUUGCCACAGCAGCGCAACAGCUGAAGGCCCAGGCACCGGCGACUGCAAAUGCCAUCAGCGCUGCUCUGACGGGGCCGUCUGCAGCCUGCCUCAUCCCGGCACACGGAGGCACCCUUCUCAAUGCGCCCAUUAUGGCAGGCAACCCAACAGCAACCGCCGUGCGUCCGGUGGCGCUCGGUACGGCGGCAUUCGGCUACGCGCUGCAUGUGCAAGAAGGCGCUCCAGAUCAGAUUCUGCCGGAAGUGGGUGAUUUGCCGGAAGGGACUGAACUCGCAGAGAUUGGCGAACUUGGUGCCAUCGCUCUCUCAACUGCACAGGUGGAUUCUGCCAGUCUGGACGAUCUGCAGGACGGCAACGUGGCAGCAGCAGACUCAUCCUUCAACCAGGUUCAGGGAACGGCCCUGGCCGACCCGACCAAAGCACUCAACGCCGCUCUGACCGGCGGCCGGCUCCUGAGCGCGCUGCCACCUGGCACCGAUGUGACCACCCUCCAGAACUCUGCAGUGCUGGCGCCCAGGCCGCAGCCGGUGGCCGCGUCUCCGACGGCGUUGCCUGCCAGCUUCGCGGCGGGCGUCGCUGCAUCCAAGGCGCUGGCCGGCCGGAAGAUGAUGGAAGCUGCGCACUCUGCGCCCCCCUGCUGCGACACGUACACUGUCUUGCAGGGGGACACUCUCGACAGCAUAGCAGCCAAGUUUGGGCAGCCCAAGAAUGGUCCUGCCAUCAUCCGGGCAAUCAACGGGCUGAGCAGCACGGGCGUGACACCCGGGCAAGUGCUGAUGCUGCCCUGCGGCCGUGUGCUCAGUUAUAUCACCUCCUUCAACGCUGCUGCUGCCCUGCGCAAAACGGCCUCCCAGGCUCCCAGCGCAGGCUGA